AUAAUAGGGGAUAACAUAUAUCAGAAUGAAUCUAGCAAACAACCUGUUAGGCCUUCUCAACAUCCUCACCUUCCUGAUAUCGGUUCCAAUCGUCAUUGUCGGUGUGCAGCUGUAUAGGGUAAAUGCGGCUGGACAGUGCUUGGAGGUUUUUAGGCUGCCUGUCCUCGUGUUGGGCGUGUUGAUCAUGGUGAUGUCCAUCGUAGGCAUAAUCAGUGCGUGUUGUCGUAUUUCUUGCCUCCUCUGGAUCUACCUCUUAGUAAUGCUCCUCCUCCUCAUCGGACUCAUGAGCAUUUAUGCCAUAUCCUUCUUUAUCAUUUGGAAAUCAGGCGGUGGAACUAGGGUUCCUGGUACAGAGCUGAAGGAGUACAAGCUCAGCGGUUACGCAGAGUGGUUGCAGAAUACAGUUCAAGGAAAGGGUUGGGAUAGCCUCAAGAACUGUCUCGUUGUUAGCCAAGCAUGCAAUUAUAUGCCCAAAAAUGAUACUAAAAUCCAGGAGUUCAAUAUGAAGGAGUUGCCCCCCAUUAUGGCUGGUUGCUGUAAGCCAUUAGCCGAGUGUGGAUUUAGUUAUAAGAGCCCCACCGUGUGGAUAAGGAAUAACAGCACUUCUUCCAGCCCUGACUGCAAAGCAUGGAACAAUGACCCAAAGGUUUUGUGCUACAACUGCGAUUCUUGCAAGGCUGGAACUUUGGAACAACUACUGGAUACCUGGAAGAGGAUGCACUUUCUCAAAAUUGUAUUCCUUGGCUUCCUCGUGCUUGUCUAUAGUAUAGGAUGCUGCGCAUUUAAAAACACAAGGAAGAAACCUGACUAUUGGAGACAAUAAAAAAAAGUUGGAUAUCAUGCGUAGGGUUCCUCAGCAUGUAGAUUACAUAGUUUUUAUGUUUGACUGGAAGUUAAAAACUAGGCCAAGUUUUUUAAUCUUCCUCUUUUUAAUUACUAGUCAACAGCUAGUACCAAGCUUGAAAACUUGCUCUUGUGUAACUAAUUAAACAAUAUGCCCAAUUAACAACUUUUUUUGUUUUUGUUUUUAUUUACUUUUUGUUUUAUGUUAUAUAUUAACAUGUUUAUUAAUCAAGAAUUAGGGUAAGAACAAAUCAAACUAACUAGAAAUCGGAAUAAGCAGGAAUCAUAGUAUCCAGGAAUCAGAGUCAUGCAUUCUUCUUUACAAACUAUCAGGAAUUGGAGCAAAAACGAAAAAAAAAAAAAGAAAAAAGAAAAAAAAAAAGAUGAUUACCGUCAAAACAGCAUUGGGUUUGCUAUCUCCAUUUUUGGUGUCUCAUUCAUGUUUCCUCGCUAAUUACUUGACAUAUGUCGAUCCACUUAACCAAACAAUUAAUACUGUUAACUUUAAUAUACAAAGAAUAUAAUAAAACAACAACAAAUUAUCGCAACAAAACAACCACCACCAGUUGUGACCUUCUUCAUCAUUCUCAUGUACCAUAACCUCACUACGCCUCUUUUUUCUCCUACACCAGAUCAGGUAUCAUAGAAGUCGUUAGCGGUAAUACACACAUAUUCUUCCUAUUUUAGUAAUUAACGGUUA